AUGCCGCCAAUUCGGACAUCGAGAAAUCGCAAACCGCCGCCAGACGGCUUCGACGACAUCGAGGACACGCUCCUUGAAUUUAGCAAUAAAAUGAAAGAUGCAGAAAACUCCUCUCAUGAGGGCAAAAAGAGACACGAAGUGUUAUGGCCCAUCUUUCAAAUCAGCCAUCAACGAUCACGAUAUAUAUACGACUUAUACUACGAGAAAGAAGCGAUAUCGAAGCAACUGUACGACUGGUUGCUGAAGAAUAACUACGCAGAUGCGAAUUUGAUUGCGAAGUGGAAGAAGCAGGGCUACGAGAAGUUGUGCUGCCUCCGCUGUAUUCAGACGAAAGAGACGAACUUUAAUUCGACCUGCAUAUGUCGUGUCCCGAAAGCUCAGCUGAAAGAAAAUCAGAAUAUACAGUGUGUGAGCUGCGGAUGUCGCGGGUGCGCGAGUAGCGACUAG